GUCGAUAUAUUUAAUCGACUUUUAUUACAUUAAUUAAAGUUAAUUUUAUUUAAAAACAAGUAGGAACGCUACGCCCACGCCCCGCCCUAGAAAGAGUGUGUAAUUAGUCGAGGACUACUCCAUAUUGACUGAUCAACGAAAAACUGAGACAUGGUAGUGCUGAGCUCCUGCUGGUCCCCCAUCAUAUGGUCCGACAAUGUCCGCACGGGCAGCUACGCUGUGGCCGCAUACACGGCCGCAUUGUCGGUGGUGAUGAUCACGAUGAUCGGCUAUAUGCUGGCGGGCGGCGAGUCGGCCCAGCUGUAUUCGCCACUCUUCGAGACGGACAUCAAGAGCUCGAUGCCCAUAGCAGGUGGCUUCUUCAUCAUUUACUUUGUCCUGAUCAUUGUUGCCUCCUAUUUGGUGUACUUUGGGAUUAAGAUUAGCACUCGCGGCUGGCUGCUGCCCUGGCUUGGUCUCGUGGGCCUUGCCAUUCUCUUCCAGUUCUGCUGGAGUCUGUGGCUCAUCGGUGGCUAUUACAUUUAUCUGGAGCAAACCUUUUCGGCUCUACUCAACUUUGUUUGGAUGUCCUACAACAUAUACUGCUGGCUGGUGGUGUUUUCUCAGUACCAGAUCUUCUUGCAAAUCCAGAAUCCAAACAUUGAGCUGCUGAUGCCAUGAUAACCCUGAUGAGGUGCAGCCCCAGACGAGGUCUACAGUAAGGCUCGAAUCAAUUUUAGAAUACUUAGACUUGACAUGCAACAAAAGUCCGUCCAGAGACAGUUUUGUAAUAAGUUUUGUAACACAUUUCCAUUGCCUACCAAAUAGUUUUAUAUAGAGAGAAUAUAUUUUACACCUUUAUACACAUCCAUUAUACCUAUGAAUGAAUCGAAUGCAAACCUUGGUCUGCUUUUUGACCAUUAAAACAAUUAUUUGUA